AAAGCCUGGUUGAGUGAUCGAAAGUAAAAGAAAACUUCUUCCUGGAGGCCUUUCCAACCCCACCUCCUUCCUCCCCCUCCCCCUUGCCUCGUUUCCAGGGAUUUUUCUCCGGUUGUAAGAACCCGCCUCAGUAAUUGGAACGUGUGAAGUUAGGCAGUCUAGGGGUCUUGGCAUCGGGAGCUUGGUGACUCUGAUGUUGCCAGGGUGGAGCAGAUGUGCCAGGAGAGAGAGGCCUGUGAAGCGGCUGCCGCUGUGAGGGUUCUGGGACUUGCCUCUGGUAACAACUACAUUCUCCUAACGCUUGAUCAGCAUGAAUUUCAACAGAUGUCUCUAUAAUAUUGGGGAACAGCUGGACAGUGAAGACCUGGCUGCCCUCAAGUUCCUGAGCCUGGACUACGUUCCACAUAGGAAGCAGGAACCCAUCAAGGAUGCCUUGAUGCUAUUCCAGAGGCUCCAAGAAAAGAGAAUGUUGGAGGAAAGCAACCUGUCCUUCUUGAAGGAGCUGCUUUUCCGAAUGAAUAGACUGGAUCUGCUGCUCACCUACCUGGACACCAGUGAGGAGGAGAUGGAGAGGGAGCUUCAGAUGCCGGGCAGGGCCCAGAUCUCUGCCUAUAGGGUCAUGCUUUUUCAGAUUUCAGAAGAUGUGAGGAAACAGGAAUUGAAGGACUUCAAGUUUUUUUUGAGCCAGGAGAUCGCCAAAUGUAAGCUGGAUGAUGACAUGACCUUGCUUGAUAUCUUCAUAGAGAUGGAGAAGAGGGUCAUCCUAGGGGAAAGAAACUUGGACACCCUGAAAAGAAUCUGUGAGCAAAUCAACAAAAGCUUGCUGAAGAAAAUCAACGAUUAUGAAGAACUAAGCAGAGAGCAAAGAAUGAGCCUUGAAAGAGGUCCAGAUGAAUUUUCAAAUGAUGUGUCACAAUUGCUCAUAAGGGAGGGCUCUCUUGAAAUGCUGGCCAUGUCGGACUCUCCAGGAGAAAAAGACAGUGAGUCGCAGACAUCGAACACGGUUUACCGAAUGAAAAGCAAACCUCGGGGAUACUGUUUGAUCUUUAACAAUUAUGAUUUUAGCAUAGCAAGGAAGGAUGUGCCCAAACUUCACAGCAUUAAGGAUAGGAAUGGAACAGACUUGGAUGCAGAGGCUUUGAGAAAGACCUUUAGUGAGCUUCAUUUUGAGAUAGUGCAUUACAAAGACUACACUGCAAAGAAAAUCUGUGAGGUUCUGAAAUCCUACCAAAGCAUGGACCACAAUAACAAGGACUGCUUCAUCUGCUGCAUCCUCUCCCAUGGAGACAAGGGCAUCAUCUAUGGCUCUGAUGGGCAGGAAGCCCCCAUCUAUGAGCUGACCUCUUACUUCACUGGUUCAAAGUGCCCUUCCCUUCUUGGCAAACCCAAAAUCUUUUUUAUUCAGGCUUGUCAAGGGGAUAACUACCAGAGAGGUAUAGCUGUUGAGACUGACUCAGAACAGAAGGAAGCCUAUUUAGAAAUGGAUUCAUCACUUCAGAAGAGAUAUAUCCCAGAUGAGGCUGACUUUCUGCUGGGGAUGGCCACCGUGAACAACUGUGUUUCCUACCGAAGCACCAUGGAGGGGACCUGGUAUAUCCAGUCACUUUGCCAGAGCCUGAGAGAAAGAUGUCCUAGGGGUGAAGAUAUUCUCACCAUCCUCACCAAGGUGAACUUUGAAGUAAGCAAUAAGGAUGACAAGAAAAAUAUGGGCAAACAGAUGCCACAACCUACUUUCACACUGAGGAAAAAACUCUUCUUUCCCCUUAAUUGAUACUAUUGUUUAGUUGCAAAACUAAACAAUAGUUAAAAUGCUGCUAUUUUAUUCUUUCUUUCUUUUUUUUUUUUUUUUUCUUGAUAGCUGGAAGGGGAGAGAAUGGGAGUCAGGACAAUCUAAUUUGCAUGCAAAUUCAAGCUAAAUCUCUGGCUUUGCAAUAGCUAGACAGUCAUAGCUGUAGGCAUGAUUUUAAUUGUGUUUUUAAUUUGAUGAAAAAGUUUAAAAAUGAACUUAUAGUAGAUACAAAAAGUAUAGUAAGUUUAAAAGAAAUGUCAAAGAUCACUGAGGGAGAUAUUUGUGAUCUGACCUAGCUAAGGAAACCCCUCGUGUGUUGAAGUUGAGGGUAUAAUGCUCCCGCAUCCAGCCUGAUUGCUGCUGGUGAGUGUGACAAGCUAUCCCAGAAACAUGUGAGCUUCCUCUCCUGCGCCAUGAGCAGACUUUGCUUUUCAGUGGUGAAAGACACCACUGUUUAGACUUAGAUUUCAAAAACCUAAGCAUGAUUUUCCUUGUUUUUAUUACUCAUAAGUACAGUAUUCAGCUCACUUUUAAGAGAAAUGAUGUUAAUUGGAUAUUAACUUGACUGUUUUGUACUUCCAGUCCCUCCUUUCCCAAGCCAUCUUGUACACUAAUUUACAAGAUUUUUUAAAAUACAAAAUUAAAAAAAUUCUUGUUUUAAAAACUUUAAAAAUUCUAAAUGUUUUCAAUUUCUUUAGAAUCUGUUUCCAAACUCCCUUUUCAGCUUUUAUCUUAAUGCUCUUAAUAUACAUGCUUCUGUGCUGUUGAAAAUGAUUUGCUUUUUUAAUAGCCAUUCUGUGUUCGUUUUAUGCAUUUGCUCUUUCUUUAUGUGUUUGGUUCACUUUAAACCUUUAGUAAUUACGUUAUCUUUCAAAGCUAAGU